GCAAAUUCGGAAAUACAGGUUAUCCGCACGUGUCGUCAGCUUCACACAGAAGGAGUCGAAAUUCUUUCUCGCUCAGAAUUUUCAAUCACGCCCAUCCUCUUUCUUUCUUCUCACUACCCUGCUGCUUCCGCUACAUAUUGAUAAUUCCGCAAUCACCAAACAAGAAAAGCUUAAAUCCCCUUUCUUGAUUAGGAACCGUCUGCCUUUUCUUACUCUCGUUGGAUUGGAGCUUCUUGGUGGAUUGGUGUAUUACUAAUCUUUCCAUUUUAAGCACCUAAGUUUAAAGAUUGAAUGCAACUUAAUGUUUUGAGUAAUAGAAUGUCACUUCUGGAUGUAUUGUUGGAAUUAGAAAAUAUAUUGACUUCCUAGUUCCUAUUUGAUACUUAAAUAGGAAUUUUUUAUUCUCAGUUACAAAUCAUGCAUCCUUUGUUGCCCAGGGAGAAGAUACUUGAGAAUAUCCUGACCAUUUUUUUAUUAAGAGAGAUUAGGGAAUAUCCUUAUGGAGUAUAUUGCCUGUACUGCAGCGUGUUGCUUGUGUCUUUGUUUGGAUAGUUCUCAUCAAGCUAUGCUGCAUUUUACCGUUUGCUGUAUGAACACUCCUCAAAUGAAAUAAGAAAUCAGAUAGUGAAGUGAAAAAAUUGCUAUAUUGUAAGGUGGCAAAAAUGAUUUUUUUGAUAGAGAAGACAUUUACGUUUGGUGUUCAUGGUUUUUAGUAGAUAACUCCAGUUUAGACUUAUAGUGAUCCCAGGAGAAGGCGACUAUGGCCUUAUCACUAUAUGCUAAUUUGUUAGAACUUGUCCUGGGAAGAAAAUCUUUUUUGUGCACACAAGUCAUUUUUUUUAGGGGUAUUGACUUAUAAAUACUCGAACUUUUUGCAUUUUCUGGUUUUGCACCUCAACUUUAAAAUCAACCUAUAAAUACCCUAACUUUGUAUUCUUUCUAAUUUUGCACCCGACGAAUUUUUACCCUCAAAUCGUUGAUGAGAUGAUAGCCAGAUUGAGAGGGAAGUUUGAAGUUCAUAACGAAAUAGAUAAGUUUGUUGUCAAUAUGGAAUUUAGAACAUGUAAUUGUAGAUUUGGGAUGUCAAUCUGGCUGCCAUGUUAGCAACGAUUUAUGGGUUAAAAUUCGUUGGGUGCAAAAUCAGAAAGAAUACAAAGUUUGGGUAUUUAUAGGUUGAUUUUAAAGUUAGGGUGCAAAACCAGAAAAUGGUAAAAGUUCGAGUAUUUACAGGCCAAUACCCCUUUUUUUAAAAAAUCCAGAAUCUAUUGUACAUCCAUGUGGAUAAACAGAUUAGAUUCCAUCUGAUUGUCUGUGCUGGUUGUUUAAAGUAUUGAAAUAUUGUUUGUGCUGGUUGUUUUUGAACCAGUGCAAUAUGGAGCUCAAUGUUAUACAAGAUUCAUUUGAGAGGGUUGCAAAGAGACAAAAGUUGUCAUCUUCAAAAUCCCAAGAAAUGAUCACCCAAGUUGGCUAUGAAAUUGAACAGGCACUGGCAAGAAUACAAUCAAGUAGUGAUUCUACUGUUGCGGUUGAUCAGAAGACAGUUCUUGCUGAACUGAAAGCCAAGCUUCAGGUUGUUGGUUCACACACUCAUUUAGAGGGACCGCAGCGAGAGCUUAACACAAAUCUCAGCAGGUAUCAGAAGGUGCUCGAGAAAGCGAUGCAUCCGGACAUAUCCAAGGGUUGCGUAGAUGUUGAUUUCGACCGCCAUAUUCUAAACCAGAUCAUAAUUUGUCACUUUUACUUUGAAGGCCUAUUUGAUAUCGUCGACUGCUUGGUUAAAGAAGCUGGGGAACCUGAAGCUAUCUCACUCAGAUUACAGUAUCAAGAGAUUCAUCAAAUACUGGAGGCUCUGAAGUCGAGAGAUCUGGGGCCGGCCUCAAAGUGGAUCUCCGCAAACAAAGAGAGACUGAACGAGUCCGGUUCAGAUUUGGAGCUAAAACUUCACAAACUGCACUUUGUGGACCUUUUACAGAGUAAGGGAAGAGCAGACGCGCUGAGAUACGCCAAAACAUAUCUCGCUCCCUUGGCUUCUUGUCACAUGAAGGAGAUACAAAGGCUCCUCUGUAGCGUACUGUGGGCUGGGAGGCUCGACAGGUCCCCGUAUGCUGACCUGGCAGAUCCAAGCCAUUGGGAAAACUUUGCAGAGGAAGUGAUGCGGACCUCGUGCAAUUUCACAGGACAAUCGAUCAGGGACCCUUUGAGCGUCGUUCUAGCUGCCGGGAUGGAAGGGCUACCGACUCUGCUAAAACUGGCGAACGUGAUGGCAGCAAAGAAACAGGAGUGGGAAGCGAUGAAACAGCUACCGGUGCCUCUAGAGUUGGGUAAGGAAUUCCAUUUCCAUUCCAUCUUCGUCUGCCCCGUUAGCCGGGAUCAAGGCAGCGAAGAAAAUCCGCCGAUGCUGUUGCCGUGCGGCCACGUCCUGUGCAAGCAGUCGAUUCAUAAACUAUCGAAGGCCAACACCCGCAACUUCAAGUGCCCUUAUUGCCCUCACGAUGCUUCUUUCGCACAGUGCAAGCAGCUGUGCUUCUAACAUUUUUUUUUUCUUAACUUUGCUAGUCUUAGUGUCAAUAUUCGAUGACGUUUUCUUGCAAUAAUAGUCGAUUUUUGUUCGAAUUAUUUUAUUCAAUUAUUGAUCUUGAAUUGAAAAUU